AUGACGGUCCUCAGUGACUGUUUGGGAAUGUAUGACUGGUCUUUGGGAGCCAAGUACUUCCUUAACAAAGGGGUGUUUGGAGCCACAGUGGCAAACACAGCAUCUCGGAGACACUUGAUGUUUGUGCAGGACAUUGAGCAAAUUAUGACGUUUGGAUGCUUUGCAUUGACAGAGCUGAGCCAUGGCAGCAACACGAGAGCCCUGAGGACAAGAUAUGACCCCAGCACUCAGGAGUUUGUGAUAAACUCCCCAGACUUUGAAGCAGCAAAGUUCUGGGUAGGGAACUUGGGAAAGACGGCCACUCAUUCAGUCGUAUUUGCACAGCUCUACACCCCUGAUGGGCAAUGCCACGGCCUUCACUCCUUUGUAGUCCAAGUCAGGGAUCCAAAGACCUUGCUGGCAAUGCCAGGAGUGAUGGUCAGGGAUAUGGGAAAGAAACUGGGUCAGAACGGUCUGGAUAAUGGUUUUGCAGUGUUCCACGAUGUGAGGAUACCUCGGGAAAACUUGCUAAACAAAACAGGAGAUGUUACGCCUGACGGGCGCUAUGUUUCACCUUUUAAAGACCCCAAUAAGCGGUUUGAGGCAUCUUUAGGGGCUCUGUCAGGAGGCAGGGUAGGCAUUACAAGGAUGGCACUGGUCAAUCUGAAGCUUGCGGUGGCUGUGGCUGUGCGAUUCUCCGCCACACGCAAACAGUUUGGGCCCAAAGAGGACGAGGAGAUUCCAGUGCUGGAAUAUCAGCUACAGGUGUAUUAUUGUCGCUCAUUGGCUAUUGCCUAUAUUGAGCACACAGUGCAGCAGCGUUUCCAUCAUCUGAUUCAGGAUGAACAGACUCCAGCUGCUCUCUAUGGCCUGUGGACCCUCACCAACCACAUGGCCAUCCUGUAUCAAGGAGGUUAUUUUUCUGGUCGACAGCCGGUUGACUUCUUCCACACAGCCAUUCUCACUCUGUGUGGGCAGCUGAAGGAUGAUGCUGUGGCGCUGGUUGAUGUGAUUGCUCCUCCUGACUUCAACCUGAACUCACCCAUUGGCAAAGCAGAUGGUGCGCUCUACAAAAACCUGUGGUCUACAGUUAUGCAGGGUAAGAACGUCCUGGAAAGGCCAUCUUGGUGGGACGAGUUUUGUUCUGACAAACCUGCAGUUGGAUCUCUCCGAGUCAAACUGUAACUCUUCACGCUGGAAAACAUUUGGGAAGCAGGAUCAUUGCAAACAUUCAUCUGUUUGUCCUGAAAGCCAAGACGUUUUAUGAUCAUGUACAGUCUGUAUGUACAGAUACAGUCACACGGUUGUCAUUGAUAAAUUCAGUUUAUUGAAAGAUAGUAACAGCAUAUGGAAUAAGACACAGAGGGUAGAAAAGUCCAAGAAGAAUCUCAGCCAUGUUUAUCUUGGUGUAAAAUGAUAAACUGAUUCACUAAAACUUACUAAUAUCAGCAUAAAGCAAGAUUUGUGAUGUACUGUACAAUGCAGUAUUAUAGCACUUCCUGAUUCAUUGUGCCAUGGUAAACUCAUUUGUUUGGUUUGACUGAUAAAUGUUGCUACAUUGAAAGAUUGAGUCAAAGAUCAUCAGAUCUAUUGUUUGAUUAUUGUUUGAAUGCACAAACAGCUAAAUCAUAGCAAAACCCUUAACAAUAACAGUGUUCAGAUGCCUCCUAAUUGUACAAAUAAUGCACGUUGAUA